AUGGCGGAAGAGCAGGCGGUGGCGGCGGCGGCCGAGGGAGGGGAGGAGGAGGGCCCGGCGGAGCGGCGGCGGGGGCUCACCGUUCUUCACCCGCAGUGCCUGAAGUACCCCCCCUCAGUGAAAUACAGGAGACACUUCUUGUCAGAACUCAUAAGGAGGCAUGAAAGUACAUCAGCCGAGCCUUUGGAUGAGCUAUACGAAGCGCUGGGUGACGUCUUAAACGCAGAAGCGUCGUCACACUGUUACAAAAGCUACAUUUUGCCCUCAGGAGAUGCUGUGGCAGUCCGUGAAAACGUGGCGAUCAUUUCACAAGGGACCACAGGACUCGUCACGUGGGAUGCCGGUCUUUUCUUGGCUGAAUGGGCACUGGAACACCCUUUAGUCUUCACUAACAGGAGGAUCUUGGAGUUAGGAAGCGGUACCGGACUGACGGGAAUCGCGAUCUGCAAAACUUGCCUCCCCAGGGCGUACACCUUCAGCGAUCACCACCGGUACGUUCUAGAAGAGCUGUCGGAGAACAUCCGUUUGAACGGCUUUUCUGUGCAGUCUGAAGAUGACAGUCUCGGUUGGGAGAAAUGCAGAGAUCACGAGGCAGAGGUGGCUGAACCGUGGGGCCCCAGCGUAACCGUUGCAGAACUUGACUGGGACUUGGUUACUGAAGAACAACUUGCAGGAUUCCAAGCGGACGUUAUCGUUGCUGCAGAUGUGGUGUAUGAUCCAGACCUAACGCAGUCCCUGGUUGCUGUGUUGCGGAAACUACCCGCUUGCACCAAAGAUGGCAACCCCCCGGAAGUCUACAUUGCCUCGACGUGUCGAAAUCCAGAUACUUACAGUCAUUUCCAAAGGGCGCUUGAGCACGUCGGGAUCAGAUGGGAAGAUGUCCCUGGGCCCCGGAAGAACUUUUUCCCUUAUGACCAGAAUGCUAAGAUAACGAUUCUAAAAUUGCUUCUUUAACACACAAACCCCAUUCUAUUUGGAACCAUUUGAGACAGAGAAUCAUUCUGGUUCUACUAGAACAUGAUCAUGCCACCAUGCAUUCGAAUGCAAAUGGGUCGCUCCAGUAUUUGUGCCUUCGGGGUGGUUUAAUUCAUCACACUGGAAAAUACACCACUGACUCUGUCACCAUCUUUGCCAAGGGAACUUUAGUAAUCCAACUGUACUGUUCUACGACGUUUGUGAUUUUAACUUUCAAACCUGUCUUGAAGUCUGGCCAAUGAGCUUCCUUAAAAUGAAUGCUGGUAUCGUCUGAAUUCUGCACAGUGAUAAAAUCUCGUUCCUCUUGCCAUCACAGAAUACGCCCAUUACUGGCACAUCUACUCUGUAUGAAUUCUCGAGAAGGGUCCUACCAGUUCCUUUACAUGCCAAACUUGUAAUUGGGGUGGGAGAGAGAUAAAUGUGGGCUUCUUCUUCACUUCUAUUUUGUAACU